CCUCUUUUACCUCCUUUGGCUUCUGUGCUGUUCACUGUGCCCGUUAUUCUCAAACUUCUAUUCUGCAUCUGUUAGGGUUAGCUUUCAUGGCUAAUCAGGAAGAAUCGAGCCCUCUUAUUGCCAAUCGAGGCGACGGAGAUGGUAACGCGAGUGGCGGUGAGAAAGAAUCGAAAUCUGUGCAUGUGGAAUCGGGACAGAUCGGUGAUUUUGGUGUUGGAUGGACUGCUGAUGGACUGCCGUUAGGUCACGGAAGUGUAGUCGGGGAGCCAGUGGCUCGUGCUUAUUGGGAUUCGUCGCUCUUUGCUUGCCUCGGCCGAAAUGAUGAGUUCUGCAGCAGUGAUCUUGAAGUCUGUCUCCUUGGAAGUGUUGCCCCUUGUAUGCUAUAUGGCAGCAAUGUUGAGAGACUAGGCUCUGGUCCAGGGGCUUUUGGUAACCAUUGCUUGGGUUACUCUGCACUUUACCUGCUUGGAAAUACCUUUUUUGGUUGGAAUUGCCUGGCACCCUGGUUUUCAUAUUCCAGCCGAACUGCAGUCCGCCGUAAAUUCAAUCUUGAGGGUAGCUGUGAGGCAUUAUCUAGAUCAUGCGGGUGCUGCGGAAGUUUCAUUGAGGAUAACGAGCAACGAGAACAGUGUGAAACAGCAUGUGACUUUGCAACUCACUUCUUCUGUCACACAUGUUCUCUCUGUCAGGAAGGACGAGAGCUUCGCCGUAAGCUUCCUCAUCCUGGUUUCAAUGGUCGACCCGUGUUGGUCAUGAUACCUCCCAUGGAACAGACAAUGGGCCGUUGAGGGGCCCAAGAUCACUCUGCUUAAUACUCUGAUAUCUAGCCUGUCUAUAUACUUCUAUCAGUGAUAUGUGGCAUUGUGAUUGUAGUCUGUGUAUGUCAACUGGUUAGGAGACCUGCACUUGGUCUGCUUGGCCAAGCGAAAAUAAGAUUUG